UGAUCUGUCAAGUAGGUCCAGGGGUUGGUCCUGAUGUAGGACCAGAUGUUGGUCCAGAAGUUGGACCUGAUGUUGGACCAGAAGUUGGGCCAGAGGUAGGUCCAGAAGUUGGUCCUGAUGCGGGCCCGCUGGUUGGCCCGCUGGUUGGUCCAGAUGUGGGCCCGCUGGUUGGUCCAGAUUUUGGGCUUGACGUUGGUCCACAUGUUGGUCCAGCUGUUGGUCCAGAUGUUGGUCCAGAUGUUGGACCAGAGGUAGGUCCGCUUGUUGGUCCAGAAGUUGGACCAGUGGUAGGUCCGUUGGUUGGUCCAGAUGUAGGUCCUUUGGUUGGUCCUUUGGUUGGUCUAGAAGUGGGUCCAGAAGUGGGUCCAGAUGUAGGACCGCUAGUUGGACAAGAUGUGUUGUUACCUAGCUGA